GAGGGAAGAUGGCGGCGCCCUCCGCUCCCUCCCUCCGUACGGCGGCCGGCGGGGGCUCCAAGCCCCGCCCCUGGCGGGCCCCGCACAUGCGCGACGCGGGGGGGGGGGAAGAUGGCGGCGUCCUCGCUUGAGCAGAAGCUCUCCCGGCUGGAGGCGAAGCUGAAGCAGGAGAACCGCGAGGCGCGGCGGAGAAUCGACCUCAACCUCGACAUCGGCCCCGCCCGCGCCCGCCCCAUCAUCGUCAUCACCCUUAGCCCCGCCCCCGCUCCGUCCCAGCGAGCAGCGCUGCAGCUGCCCCUGGUGAGCGAGGGGGGCCGGGGGGGGCCCCCUGAGAGCCCCCAGCCUGCGCCCCCCCCCCGGCCCCGGCAGAUGCUGGGGCUGCCCCCGCCCCCCUUCCUGGUGCCGCGCAGCCUGGAGAGCAUUGAGAUUGACCAGAAGCUGCAGGAGAUCAUGAAACAGACUGGGUACCUGACCGUGGGGGGCCAGCGGUACCAGGCGGAGAUCAACGACCUGGAGAACCUGGGCGAGAUCGGCAGCGGCACCUGCGGGCAGGUGUGGAAGAUGCGCUUCCGCAAGACCGGCCACGUCAUCGCCGUCAAGCAAAUGCGGCGCUCGGGGAACCGCGAGGAGAACAAGCGGAUCCUGAUGGACCUGGACGUGGUGCUCAAGAGCCACGACUGCCCCUACAUCGUGCAGUGCUUCGGCACCUUCAUCACCAACACCGACGUGUUCAUCGCCAUGGAGCUCAUGGGCACCUGCGCUGAGAAGCUCAAGAAGAGAAUCCAGGGCCCCAUCCCCGAGCGCAUCCUGGGCAAGAUGACGGUGGCAAUCGUGAAGGCGCUGCUGUACCUGAAGGAGAAGCACGGGGUGAUCCACAGGGAUGUCAAACCCUCCAACAUCCUGCUGGACGAGCGGGGCCAGGUCAAGCUCUGCGACUUCGGCAUCAGCGGCCGCCUGGUGGACUCCAAGGCCAAGACCCGGAGCGCGGGGUGUGCGGCCUACAUGGCGCCCGAGCGCAUCGACCCCCCCGACCCCACCAAGCCCGACUACGACAUCCGCGCCGACGUCUGGAGCCUCGGCAUCUCCCUGGUGGAGCUGGCCACGGGGCAGUUCCCGUACCAGAACUGCAAGACGGAUUUUGAGGUGCUGACCAAGGUGCUGCAGGAGGACCCGCCCCUGCUGCCCCCGGCCAUGGGCUUCUCCGGGGACUUCCAGGCCUUCGUCCGAGACUGCCUCACCAAGGACCACAGGAAGAGACCAAAGUACAACAAGUUACUGGAGCACACCUUCAUCAAGCGCUACGAGACGCUCGAGGUGGACGUGGCCUCCUGGUUCAAGGACGUGAUGGCCCGGACAGAGUCCCCACGCCCGGGGGGUGGCCUGGGCCACCACCUGCCCUUCUUCACCAGGUAGCGCCCGCCCGGCGCCACCACGCCCGGCAGGGGACACCGGGGACAGCCGGGACAGCCCUGGGACACCGGGGACAGCCGGGCCACCUCCGGGGACAGGAGCAGCCUGGGGACACUGCCUGGUGCCAGCACGCCCGGCAGGGGACACCGGGGACAGCUGGGACGUUCCCUGUGAUGGGACAGGGACACCCAGGACAGGGACACCUGUGACACCCAGUGGGGGUGGUGAAACCUGUGCCACCCCCAUGUGCCCCCCUCGGUGACACCCAGUGUGACGGUGACACUUCCACAGCCACCACAGCCCUGGCCUGGCCUGCAGUGUCCCCAGCAUGUCCCAGCGUGUCCCUGCCAUCCCAGCUGUCCCCUCCUACUGUCCCCACCUUCCCAAGGCCAGGGGACACUCCUGUCCCCUCUGUGUCCCCCUGGCCGGGCCUCAGUUUCCCACAGGGUCCCGUGUGGGGACAAGGCUGGGGACAGGAUGGGGAGGUGGCACCGAGGGUGUGACACUCUGGGAUGUGACACUCGGAGGUGACACUCAGAGGUGACGCUCUGGGAGGUGGCCCAGGGACAUGGAUAUGGACAUGGCUGGGGGAUGUGACACGGGUGUGACGCCGGGGCCUGGGGAUGUGACACUCGGCCCCAAGAGGACAUUGAGGGGACACGGAGGUGGCACCGGGACAUGGGGAUGUGACAUGGAAAUGGCACUCGGGGACACGGAGAUGGCACAGGAACGUGGCACGGGGGACAGGGGACAACGUGGAGAGCCAGCACGGGGAGGUGACAGCGAGGGGACACAGAAGGAUGGCACAGAAAUGGCACCGGGACGUGACACGGGGAUGGCACCGGGACGUGACACGGGGAUGGCACUGGAACGUGACACGGGGACACAGGACAGAGAUGGCACCAGGAUGGUGGCACAGGACAGAAGUGGCACCAGGAAGUGACAUGGGUACACAUGGAUGACACCAGGAUGGCACCGGGAAGUGACACAGGACACAGAACAGAGAUGGCACCAGGAUGGCACAGGACAGAGAUGGCACCGGCAAGUGACAUGGGGACACAGGAAUGGCACCGGGAUGUGACACAGGACAGAGGUGGCACCUGGAUGUGGCACAGGGAUGGCACUGGGAAGUGGCAGAGGACAGAGAUGUCCCCAGGCUGUGACACGGGGAUGGCACAAGACAGAGAUGUCCCCAGGCUGUGACAAUGGGGACAUGGCACUGAAGGACACCGAGUGGUGGCCUGGGGACACGGACACGUCACAGACAUGACAUCCAGUCCCGGGAUGUGACACUGCGAUGUGGCACCGCGAUGUGACACUGGGAUGUGACACUGGGGACAUGGCCCAGGGGUGUGACACCAGGGAUUUGACACUGCGAUGUGACACCAAGGAUGUGACACCAGGGACAUGGCCCAGGGAUGUGACACCGGGGCUGUGACACCACGAUGUGACACCGGGGACAUGGCCCGGGGCUUUGACACCAGGGACACGGCCCAGGGCUGUGACACCAAGGAUGUGACACCGGGGACACGGCCCGGGGUGGCCCUGGGUGGCGGGGCAGUGGUGGCACGGUGACAAUCAGGGCCAGGCCGUGUCCCUGCCAUGUCCCCGCUGUCCCCAAGGCCAGCAGGUGCAGUUUUAGUGCAUUGGGGGCGCAGGCGGCGCCGCCCCCCGUCACCCUCAUUAAUUAUUAUUAUUAAUUAUUAUUAAUUAUUAUUAUUAUAAAUGCGCAUGUGGAACCCGA